UCCGCCGAGUGCCUCCGCGGCCGACACAUGCUCGAGCACGGCGUGAAUAUGGUCCCGCCUUCACGACGCAUCGCUAUCUGUCCACCGCCCCGAUGACUAAAUACUGCUGUCGCUGGCGGAGCGGCACCAGAACACGCUUCUGCAUCCGGCGAACCGGCGUGUCUUCGCUCCAAUGCAUGCCCUGGCAUAUCACCAUUGCUGGCUCUGCAGAGGAGCAAUGUCCCUCCAUUCACUGGCUGACAAGGGCGUUGCUUCCUGGUCAUCACAAAGCAUGUGAUACGAGCUUAACGACCACCGCGAUCGAAGCUUCACGAAGAGCCCGAUCAAUGCAGGGGAGGUUCUUCGCGACGGCCAUGUCUUGCACGCUCCCGCCUCAUUGCGUGCAACUCGGCCGUGGGCCAAAAUUCUGUUUGACCUCGACUGACGCCACAACUUCUGGGUCAUCUGAUCUCUCCUCGAAAGCACGGCGACGACAUGGAGUCUGUCGAGAAGUAUGCCGAGAAGGUGCCAUGCGAAGACGUUUCGCAAAUGCACCUCCAAGCCUGUUUCGAUGAGCCUAACGAUGUGGGAGAGGCCAUUCAUAUUCCCAGCGACGAGGAAGUCAUCGACCCGCGUCUCAAAGACUAUCCCGUGACUAUGGUCGCCAGGACAGUCCACCUUCACAAUGACCCAACAGAGCCCAUUUUGACCUUCCGCUUCUGGUUCCUCAGCACCUUCUGGGUGACCGUUGGCUGCGCUCUCUCCACCCUUUACUACUUCAAGCCGUACCAGCAGAGCAUUUCGAGUUAUGUCAUCCAGCUUCUCGCCUGGGCUAUGGGUGAUGCUAUGGCGAGAUACCUGCCGAAACGAGAGAUUUCUUGGUUCAGAGGCAGAUUCAAAUGGAGCAUGAAUCCUGGCCCGUGGAAUGCAAAGGAACACGCCUUGGUCGUGGUCGCUUACUGGGGCUCAAGUCACACUGCCUAUGGUCUGGGUCCGCUGACCGCCAUGGAAAUGUACUAUGGCCAGAAAAUUUCUGCAGUAUGGGGCAUCCUCUUCCUCGUCACAUCGCAACUGCUCGGUUAUGGGUUUGCUGGGCUCUUUCGCGACAUUCUCGUCCGUCCUCCGAAGAUGUUCUAUCCUAGUGUGCUGCCUAAUAUUGCCCUGUUCAAUGCAAUGCACCGCGACCCUUCUGUCACGAGGAGGUCCUUGGCCUGUUUCACCUACUGCGCCACUGCAGCCUUCAUCUGGCAAUGGUUUCCCCAAUAUCUGUUUCCGCUGCUGAUAUCUCUGCCACUAUUGUGUUGGCUUGGACAUGGCAAUCCCAUUGCGUAUGUCCUCGGCUCCGGAAAGUACGGCUUUGGUAUCCUUAACUUCUCGCUGGACUGGAACUACAUCAACGGGACGAUGCAGUCCAUGUAUACACCCUUUUGGGCGUCAAUGAAUCAGUUCACCGGCAUUUUUGUCGCUGUUUGGGUCAUCUAUCCGAUUCUCUAUUACAGCAACUCUCUGGAUGCCCAGAACUAUGCGGCCAUGUCUGCCUCGACGUUCGACCGCGACGGUAAAGAUUAUAACAUCUCGAGGGUUCUCACACCACAGUACAUGCUCAACCAGACGGCAAUGGACGAAUACUCACCUCCCUACUGGAGCGUAUCGUAUGUUUUCUGCAUUUUCUCGGGCAUCGCUGCCAGCAUGAGCGCCUGCACUUUCGUGCUACUAUGGUAUGGGAAAGACACAUGGGCGAUCGUUCGCAAGGGGUUUCGCAAGAAAGUCAAGUCUGACGGCGAUUAUGAUGAUCCUUAUCUGAAGCUCAUGGCCGGCAGUCCUCGCGUACCGCAUUGGUGGUACUUGACACUUCUUGGUCUCUGUGCUUCAUUUUCCAUCGCGACAGUCGAGGCCGGUGGCUUUAACCUUCCCUGGUGGGGCUUCAUCAUCAUGUCGAUGUUAGCGUUCGCGUUUAUGUUCCCGUGCGGCGUCAUAUUUGCCAUUUCGGGGCAAAUCAUUGGCAUGAAUUUCCUCUCGGAAAUCAUUGCCGGCUCACUCUUCAAAGGAAAUCCCAUCGCGGUACUGGCGGCCAUGACUUACGGCACUCAAAGCCUGGUUCAGAGCCUGAACCUCGUGAUCGACUUCAAAUUCGGCUUUUACAUGCGCAUUCCUGAAACUGAAAUGUUCAUUGGCCAGUUCUGGGGAACUCUCCUAGGCCCGUUCAUCAAUUACGCUGUGAUGAGAGUCAUUCUGCAAUCUGUUGGGAUCCCCACGCUCACAGGGAAAACGCCAUCCGUGAAUUGGGACGCCUCACGAACUCGCAACUUCUACUCCUCAUCCGUGAUCUGGGGUGUCCUAGGCCCUGAGCAGUUUUUCUCGGAGGGGUCCAUGUACUCUUGGGUCUACUACGCAUUCCUUACAGGUCCCGCGGCCGUCCUGAUCGUCUGGUUAUUCCAGCGGCGGUUUCCAAAAUGGGACAUGGAAAAGCUCUGCAACCCGCCUUUGAUUUUCUACGGGAUAAGUCUGUUUCCUAUCUACCCAACGACCAGUAUUCUGACGUCCUUUAUUGCUGCGGUAGUAUUCAUGGGAUACAUUUAUCGCUAUCAUCCUGCCUUCUGGCGGAAAUACCAUUAUUUAUUGGCAGUCGGCUUGGAUUGCGGCACACAGGUUAUGUCCACAGUCAUGGCCUUCGCGAUAAGCAUUCCGAAUGUCAAGUUUCCAACGUGGUGGGGUAACAAUCCUACAUUUCCAGACCGGUGUUUCCCUCCGAAUCAAAAGCUACCCCCAGCCAUGCAAAUAACGACCCAUUCGAAACGCUAAGGUGAGGUGGAACGGAAUCGUUACCGGGGGAAAUCAGUCGCGGAGCAUUGGGGAAUUGGGCCUCACUAAUACACGCCGGGUUGGUUUCCAAUACGGCAUUGGUGUCCUUCACCGUGAAACAAGACUUGCUCAGCUUCACAUACCUCAUGCGACCAGCAACACCACCUGACUCGCCUUUCUGUUCCGACUCGUGGUGCAUCUCGAUCUGGACAGUUCGAGUCUCGCCAAACAGACCGGAAAUGUAUGGUCGGUACGAACAGAGUCACUCAGUCUCUGCACUGUUCCUUUGUCCGUCAGCAAGGCAACUCACUCUCGCUGCACAAAACCGGACCUAGCGCCACGGCACGGCUGAUUCGACAAGAGAGCGGGAGUCCAUGUUGUAGCAUAGCAAAGUACCGGCCUUGGCCAUGCAAAGCCGUAGAACGACAGUAACCCAAAGUAACGACUAGCAGAUAUUCAGCAGCCCA